UUCGCUGUGAAUGAAUGUCACAGAAAUGGUUAAGUCUCCGGACACAUUACUAAGAGCUUAAUCUUAUAGAUUCUACGAAAUCAAAUGUUUUGAUAACAUCCAUAGUUUCUUCCCCCUUCCCUCUCUGUUUAUCACGCGUCGAGUACUAAAAUGUUGACAGUAAAAUACAAGUGGCGCUACUGAGAUUACACAGCACGGAAAAUAACUUGUUAUUUCGGUAAAUGAUAAUGUUACGGAUUGACGAGGACACUCUGUUGUGAGCUGUACGAAGGAAUACCACAAACCGGUGUAGCAGCCUAUUCUUUCCCCCCUGCUAAAAGUUUCCCCGAGCUGGGUAACAUGAUGGCGCCGUACACAGCCGUUGUCAUUUUCGUCGCAAUCAACUUUUCAGUUAUUGGAUUCACUGCCUCAGAGACAUGUUAUUUCGCCCAAAGUUAUAACAAUUACGACGUCUACGAAGGAACAAAAUACUACCUUAAGUCUAAAUACUGUUCCUCCUCUGUCGGGUGCUGUUACACUUACAGAGAUUCUGACCCCUGCUGCUCCAGUGACACCAGUAACCUCUUCACUGAUGCUGUGUCCUCUACCAUCUCAAUGUCGACCACAGCCAUUAUUGGAAUUGCGGUUGGCUGUCUUUUCGGUCUAAGCUUAUUGGUAGCCAUUAUUGUAUGUUGCGUGGCAUGCUGCCGAAGUCAAGGCUCCCGACAAGGUGGACAUGUGUUGACUCCCAUGGGUGGUGUAGGCGCGACAGUCAUCACGACACAAACUGCAACACCACAACAAGCUUAUCCUCAGGCACAGCUUAGCUCCGCCAUGGGCCAGUCAUGCCCGGGCUACAACCCAUCUGACCCACCGGCCGACUCUACACCAACUGCUGGGCCCGGGUCUGCGCCCGAUGACACCGCGAUGUCGCCUCCUCUAAACAGCAAGAAAUAUUGAACUUCACGAACAGUUGUUCAUUAAUUUUUAAAAGUUUGCAAUUACAGAUCAUUUCUAAUCUUUCAUUACUUUCACUUUUUUAACGAAGAUUUUCCGUCAAAAUGUCCAGCUUUAUCAAGUUCAUUCUAAUCAAGAGGUUAAUCUUAUCCUGACAUAAUUCAUAUGAUUACGAGGUGUUAGUUGAUGACGUCAUCAAUAUGACGUCAUUGAAAUAAACGAUCUAGUUCAAAUCAUU